CCAAAGCUUCAGAAGCUUUUGGUUUUGGGAGAAGAGAAUUUGAAUGUCAGGAACCAUCAUUGGCAAGUUCAACCCUUUACAUGGCGGUGACAUCAUCCUCUCUCUGUUUCACAAGCACACGACCUUUGGCCAUUUGAAGCAAAUCUACUCCCUCCUCAUCACCUUUGGCCUCUCACAAAACCCUUUCUUCCUCGCCAAGCUUGUUACUUCCACUGCAGCCUCUCAACCUAGCCAUCUUGCCUACGCUUCGCUGCUCUUCGACGGGGUAGAAGCACCCACCACUCAGUUAUGGAAUUCCAUAAUCAGAUCAUUCUCUACGAGUUCAGAACCUCGCAGGUCCCUCAUUUUCUAUUAAAAAAUGCGCACAAAUGGUAUUGCUCCCGACAAGCACACCUUCCCUUUGCUUCUCAAGGGCUUUUCCAAGUUGGAAAACGAAAACCCAUUUCAGUUUUACGCUCAUAUAGUCAAGUUUGGAUUGAAUUUUGACCAAUUUGUGAGGAAUUCAUUGAUAUCUGCAUUUUCUGGUUGCGGGUACUUAGAGUCUGCCAACCAGGUGUUUGAUGAAAGUACGCACAAGGAUGUGGUUGCUUGGACUGCAUUUAUUGACGGGUAUGUGAAAAACGGUCGUGCCCUGGAAGCAAUCAAGUGUUUUUUGGAGAUGAGAUUGAUGGGAAUUAGGGUCGAUGAGGUGACAGUUGUUAGUGUUCUUUGUGCUGCCGGAAUGGCUGGUGAUAUUUGGUUUGGACGGUGUGUUCACGGGUUCUAUGUGGAAGCAGGUAGAGUACAAUGGGAUGCCUAUGUUGGUAGCGCUCUUCUGGAUAUGUACAUGAAGUGCGGCUACCAUGAAGAUGCUUGUAAAGUUUUUAAUGAAAUGCCAGUUAAAAAUGUAGUUUGUUGGAGUGCCUUGAUCGCAGGUUUUACACAAUGUAGCAAAUAUAAAGAUGCAUUGCUUGCCUUGAAAUAUAUGCUUUCAGAGAGUAUCAGACCUAACCAAUCUACAUUCACGAGUGUCCUUACUUCUUGUGCGCACCUAGGGGCACUAGAUCAAGGAAAGUCGGUUCAUGGUUACAUAUGUAGGCAUAAAAUUCCAGUGAACUCGUUACUUGGAACAGCAUUAGUAGAUAUGUAUGCAAAAUGUGGUUGCAUUGAUGAGGCUCUAUCUGUUUUUGGAAAGUUGCCCACCAAGGACGUCUUUACUUGGACUGCUAUGAUUAGUGGGUUGGCAAUGGAUGGGGAUGCUUUAAAAGCUUUGAACUUCUUCUCAAGUAUGUUACAGAGUGGGGUUCUACCUAAUGAAGUAACCUUCAUUGGUGUUCUUAGUGCUUGUUCUCAUGGAGGUCUUGUAGAUGAGGGACGUAAGCUUUUUGGUUCAAUGAACCAGGUUUUUCAUUUGGAGCCUACUGUAGACCACUACGGUUGUAUGGUUGAUUUACUUGGUAGAGCUGGGUACUUAGAAGAAGCAAGAAAAAUGAUUGAGGGGAUGCCAAUGUUGCCAACAGCUGGUGUAUGGGGAGCUCUGCUUGGUGCCUGUGUGAUUCAUAAGAAUUUUGAGCUAGGGGAACUUGUAGGAAAUCAUCUGAUCAAGCUGCAGUCAAAUCACAGUGGACGAUACAUACUUUUGUCAAACUUGUACUCGACAUGGAAAAAAUGGGAAAUAGCUGCUGGCAUAAGGAAGCUCAUGAAAGGGAAACGUGUUGAAAAGAUAACAGGGUAUAGCUGGAUAGAAGUCAAUGGUGCAAUUUUUGAGUUCGCUGCUUUUGGCAAAUCACAUUCUGAAUCAGAUAAUAUAUAUUUGAUGCUGGACAACAUGUUCGUCCAAUUGAAACUCGCUGGUUAUGUUCCAGAUACUAACCUACUUGCGUUUGACAUUGAUGGAAUCUGAGUAUAAUUAUUCAUCUCCCAAGCAUGAUGAUUUUCUCAUUGACAAGGAUGGUCAGCUUUGAACUUUAUUGCAUACUCCAAAUUCAAUGCAUCAUGGUGUGUUGACUUCUUGCCGUAUUGAUUGAAGUGCUUGUAGAUACUUGGAACCUUUGUCAGACAAUUCUACAACUUAUGCUUGGAUCUUUGACCCUGUUUUUUUUUGGGUCAACUUUUUUCCCUCUUGAAGGUUGUAUAAUCCAACUCUCGAUGCUAUUGGAACAAGAAUUUUGACCGUCCUUUUUCACUCAAGGCCUGAGUUGAGGUUUUGGUUGAUCUUCACACAGAACCGCUGCGAUCCACGGUGCAAGAGGAGGAGAUUUCCGCUGCUCUCAAAGCUUCUGUUGAUAGUUUGGACAGUUUCAGGCUCAGAUGACAGAUGAUGCAGGCUAUGAUGUAGUACCGAUACUGCCGCCCCAAUGACAUUCCAGAUUACAGCCCUUUAGCAAUAUGCAAGUUUAUUUGAAUAAUUUGUAGUUUUUAGAUGAUUUUGUUUUAAUUUUUUUUACAUGUGAACAAUUUAUAUAGCCAAAAUUAUUCGCACUCCAAAAUAGUCAUUAUGUACAA